AUGUCAUCUCCGAAAGUUAUAGAGCUUCAUCUCAAACUAUACAAGCUCGAAAACUCUCUUGAGAGCGUUAAAGAGAGCCUCGCAACCCUUUCGGUUUUCAUUCAAACUCACACGCCAAGAUCUACGCCUUCUCACUCAGUAUCAGGGUCAAGAACACCUUCAGUCUCCUCUUCAGAAAUAGAUGAGGACGAUACAGAAAGUUCUCGGAUAGCGUUCACCUACAUCUCUGCCAUCCGUAACUCGCUCAAAGCUCGAUUUGAAGCCAUCCGCCAAGAUCUCGAAACUACAAGCAUGUGUGUCGACAAACUAAAGGCAAAAUUGAUAAGGAAACUACGGUGUGGCAGUCCUGAUGGCGGAGGAGAGUGGGGUUAUAUCGAUGAGUGGAUAGAAGAGAUAAGGGACCUGUACAAAGUCGUUAAUGGUAAGUUUAACGAGAUAUGCUGA